UUGUAGGCCUCAUGUCAUGGACGAUACUGUCACACCAACUGAUGAAAGCAAACCAGCAGAAGUAAAGACAACCCCCGACUCAGAGUUAGGGAGGAUAUCAGCCGAUCUACUAUCACAAGAUUCUGAACUUCAAGAGCUAAAAAAAGAAUUAUCAGAAGUUAACGAAUCGUUCAAUACUUUCAGAAAUGAUUACAGUAAUCUGCUAACACUGUACAAUGAAACGAAUGAUGAACUGCAAGGUUUACUACGGGACAGGACCACUGGGGAAGCUGGUGCUAAAUCAGUGGUACCUGACAACAUGGCGGAACUGUUGGCGAUCAGAGAGAACUGUAGAGAGCUGGAGAUUGAGAGGGACAAAUAUCGAGAGAUGUAUUUAGAAGCAGUAGAAACACCUGCAUCUGCACCGCCUCCCCUCUCUCGUUCCACUCAGGAGGAGGAUGUUGGCGAGCUACGUGAACAGAUCCGGGACAUGGUGGACCAGAUGCAGGAGCUGGAGCUGGUCCGGGAAGAGAUGGCACUGAGACUACAGCAGCAAGCAGCUGAAAAAGACGAGCUACUGGACGACAUGAAUCACGUUCGAGGAAAAGUAGAGGAGGUGGAAGCGGCAAAUUUAGAGAACGAAACUAACUCUCAACUCUACAAAGAGCAACUCAAUGUCAAGAACGUGGUUAUAGAUAAGUUACGGAAGGAAUUUACAGACCUGGGAGACGAGAAUACCAGACUUAGAGCUCAGGUAAGUAAGUUCCAGGAUAGCUCCGACAACCACGAUGCUCUACUCAACUCAGCUAACGUCAACAACGAAGAUAUCACCAAGGACUUCCAGGCGUUACAAUACAGAUGUUCGGAGACGGAACGUCGAGAACAGGAAGCCUUGCUCUACAUAAAAGAUUGUUUGAAGUUGGUUGAACAAACCCAACAUGAGAAGGAACAGCUUGUUAUUCAGGCAGCACAGUCUGAGAAUAUGAGGUUGGAGGUGGAGGGUGCGUUGGGAAGCAUUGUUGAUGAGGCCAGUAAACGGACUACAGAUGAGGUGGAACGGAUAAAGUCGGAGAGCAACAAAAACAUCUCAAUGUUAAUCGGGGAGUGUGGGAAAUAUCAGGAGAGGAUAGCUGAGUUGGAGGCUGACCUCGAGGAGGCAGAAAGGGUCCGGGAGCAACACCUAGUGGUGCGGUCCCCAGACUCGGUCCUGCUAGCUGAUAAGGAUGCUGUUAUCUACAAACUACGGGAACAUGUUAAGAAGACCGAAGAAGAUAAGACGAACCUUACGGACCAACUCUUGGAGGUGAGCAACACUCUACGAGCCAGCAAGGAACAUUUUGAGAGUAAAAUUAGGAGCUUAGAAUUCCACGUAUCUACCACCAAGGAAAAGUUAAACCGAACACAAGGAGAGAAUCAGACGUUACUGGGCGAGUUCACGAACUGUAAAAGUGACCUAGAAACGUUCGAGACAGAUCAGAGGACACUGCGGAACAAACUGUCCGAUGUUCAGGCUGUGUUGGUUGCUACGGAGAAGCAGAAUUGUCAGCAGCUCCGAGAACUGCAAGAAGAAGAAAACCGGAAGAGAGAGGAGAUGCGGGCAGACCAGCACAAGGUGGUGGAAAGUUUGAGGCAGACCAUCGUCCAACAACAAAACGAUGUUAACCGUUUACAAGAACAACAAUCCCACACGGCCCACCAGCUGUCCUCCCAACAAUCAGACCUCAACUCCACCAUCAGCUCCCUCACCAAGAAACUCCGAGACCGGACCACUCAACAGAAACACGCUGUAUCAGACCUUGAAAAACUGCGCUCUCAACAGGACCAUGAUAGAGAGAAAAACUUUAAAACAGAGUCUCGUUUAAAAGCUGUGAACAUGCAGCUGGCGUGUGCUAACAACCAAGUUGCCAUGGUAACGGAGAAUGAGGCUAAGUUGUGUAGCAGGAUAAAGGAACUACAGCUCAGGAUUGAUCAGUUAGAGUUUGAUAUUGAGAGGGGGAAGUCGUCUCCUGGAGGGGUUCUCAAUCACUCUAGUGUCGGAAAUCUGAUCGAACAACCAUUUGUACCGCUUCUGACUUCGAAAGAUAGGAGCAAAUCCAGUAGAAAGCAUGAAAAGAAGGACAGAAAAGAAAAAGACCAAAUCAACCAAAUAUUUUCAUCCGAUAUCAUCAGGUCCACCAGGAAGGAUAAAAGUGCUGCCAAGAACCGUAAAGCUACCAGCACACCAGUACCACACACUGAUAGGAGUGACACGACCAUAAAGUUUACUGAUAACAAUUACCCUGAGGAUAUCAGCAGGAUUAAUGAGGGGAUUAAUGGGGGGUGAGGGACGGAGUUAUAGGAGUGACACGACCAUAAAGUUUACUGAUAACAAUUGCCCUGAGGAUAUCAGCAGGAUUAAUGAGGGUUGAGGGACGGAGUUAUAGGAGUGACACGACCAUAAAGUUUACUGAUAACAAUUACCCUGAGGAUAUCAGCAGGAUUAAUGAGGAGUGAGGGACGGAGUUAUAGCUUUAGUGUUUAGUCACCAAUCAGAUGCCAAAUAUUCUAAAAUAAUUUUAUUUGGUGAUUGAUACAAGAUAAUCGUAUUUUACUCAUUUAGAAUAUUAUUUCAUGAUAAAAAUGAUUUUCACAGGAUAAUUUUGCUGACUGUUGAGUAUAUUUGAGGUGACAGUUGCAAUAGAAUGUCUAUUUGCAUGUACGACCUUAUUAAUGUCAUCAUGAUUGACCCAAGUCUCAAAUUAAAAAUAAAACGAAUGUUUAACAGUUUAACUUAAGCCUCACUCUUCUGUAACACAUUUGACUGAUACACUUACACAUAAUACUUAUC